UUAUGAAUAUGUCAUAAAAAUAAUGUAGUGCAGGACCCAUGUGCUCCAUGGCCCAUAUUUUGUGUUUGUGUGCGUGACGUCACAGAGUCAGCUGGCAAAUGUUUACAUCCAGCGCUGCUCGCCGUGAACGUUUAUGGGAAGAAACCGAGAGACAGAAACAACAGGAGACAUUUAACCGAAUGGACAGCUAACGGACCUUAAUAAGGGUGUUUUAGGGUGUCAGACGAUUCAGCUCGGUAGACUGUGAAGUCGUCGUCGGGGUGUUUUACGGGACGAGUUUCUACCCAAACACCUCCAUCCCAAUUUUUCCCGUCUUCGUUUGCGUUUAUUUUUUGCAGAGCUAAAAUGGGAGGUGCAGUCAGCACUGGGGAGGACAAUGACGAGUUAAUUGACAACCUGAAGGAUGCCCAGUACAUUCGCUCAGAUCUGGUUGAACAUGCCUUCAGGGCCAUUGAUCGUGCUGACUACUAUCUGGAAGAAUUCCGUGACAGUGCCUACAAGGAUCUGGCCUGGAGACACGGCAACAUCCACCUCUCUGCGCCCUGUAUCUACUCUGAGGUGAUGGAGGCUCUAGACCUGCAGCCUGGCUUGUCCUUUCUUAACCUGGGCAGUGGCACAGGCUACCUCAGCACCAUGGUGGGACUUAUACUGGGACCAUUUGGUGUGAAUCAUGGUGUGGAAUUACAUGAAGAUGUUAUGGAAUAUGCUUAUCAGAAGCUGGACUUCUUCAUCAAGACAAAUGAUAGUUUCGACAGGUUUGAGUUCUGUGAGCCUUCCUUUGUGGUGGGCAACUGUCUGGAGAUUGCCCUGGAAAGCAGGCAGUAUGACAGAGUUUACUGUGGCGCAGGGGUCCAGAAAGAACAUGAAGACUACAUGAAGAAGCUGUUGAAGGUUGGGGGCAUCUUAGUACUGCCUCUGGAAGAAAAGCUCACUAAAAUUACUCGGACAGGAUAUAACACAUGGGAGACGAGAAAGAUAAUUGCUGUGUCCUUCGCACCACUUGUGCUCCCUAAGCACAGAGAAAAUGGCAAACCGAGAGCAGUAUCUCUACCUGUCAUGUUCGAGCUGCGGAGUCUUCAGGAUCUGGCCCGCAUUAACAUCCGUCACAUUCUAAAGAAAUCCAGUUCUGGAUCCUUGCCGCUACCACGGAGAAAUGGAUUGAAGCGGAGAAAUCACUUUAUACAGAGACGAGAGCAUCGUGAAACCCCUCUUCUGACCAAUAGUUAUUUGUUCAUGAGUCGCUUGAUUCCCGGACCCAUGGACAACAACAACAAUCAGUCUUCCACAGACAAUGAGGAUGAAGAUGAAGACUGCAGAAGGGUUUGUGAACAACAAGAAGAGAAUGAGAGAAGGAAUGAGGGCAGUGUUUUGGUGAUAGAGACUCCAGUAAACCUCUUAAGAGAGAGGAUCCUUAGCCUGCCUUUGCCAGACCCUCUCAAGAUGUAUCUUCUUUACUACAGAGAGAAGUAGACUUCUCCUUCCAGUGAAUAGUCUAUUCUAUUCUAAUGUACCUAGCACGGUCACAUCAAGAAUUCACUUUUUGCAUUAUCCUGAUAACCUUUUUCAAAGAAUUUCACCACUCUUUGUUCAGCCAAGUCAGGAUGCAUAGAUACUCAAUUUUAUUUAUAAAGAAAAGUUUUAUUUGGUUUAAUGCUGGAUCUGGAUUCAUGGUCUAAAAUGC